AUGGCGCACGGCGGCUUCUUGACUAGAUUGGCGCGCAGCAUCAAUUUCGACUCAAAAGAGUACAUCGUCUUCUUUGUAGUCGUCACGGUAUUGUUGCUCCUCUACAGAACGUUCCGUACCAGUCUCGACCCUCGCGAACCGCCCGCCAUCGCCCCCAGACCGCCUAUCAUUGGCCAUCUCCUAGGUCUCUAUCGUCACCAUGCCAUGUACUUCAAGCACCUCUACGACAAAAAUCCGGAUAACCCAAUCGUCACGCUCCCAAGCCCCACAGGAAAAGUCUACGCUGUGUUCACCCCAGAACUGCAGCAAACUGUUGCAAGGAGUAGGCUUUUCCAGCGCACCGAGGGAAACUUCACAACGAGGAUUUUUGGCGUAGAGCAGUGGGUGCUGGACGCAGUAGAUGAGCAGACGGCGGAGCAGAUAAUGGCGAGCACUGCAGCGGGGUUGUCGGGGGAAGGGUUGAAGAAGAUGAAUAGACGGGCGCUGGGUUAUAUUUCAGAGAGGCUGAACGCUGUAGAUAAGCAGAAAGGGGAACAGAUCCCGAAUCUGUAUCUAUGGAUCAGACAUUUGCUGAGCACGGCGACGUCGAAAGCUGUCUGGGGCCUGUAUAGUCCCUACAACGAGCCUGGCCUGAUAGAUACGCAGUGGGCCUUCGAGGGCAACAUGCAACUUCUCAUGCCCGGCAUUCUUCCACGCCUCAUUGGCCGCACCGCCUACAACGCGCGCACCAAAAUCCACGCCGCCCUCAAGAGAUGGUACGAAGCGGGCCACGACCAGGACGCAGACCCUAGAACAGGACCCGCCGACUAUGUCCGCCAGCGUGCCGCUCUGCUGCGCAAAGAAGGCCUGCACCCCGCGGAUUUCUCCAAACUCGAAAUUACGAUUAUGCACGGCGCGACGAGCAACACCGUUCCAACGCUCUUCUGGGUCGUCUCGUUCAUCUUCCUCAGACCUGAAUUAGUUAAGGAAUUGAGAGACGAGGCAAGCAUCACUGUCUUCGGUACCAAAGAAUUCACGCCCUCUCCCAACGGCUCCGUCAUCGACGUCCCCGUUGCAAAACUCGAAGAACGAUCACCGCUAUUGUUAGCGUGCUACCGCGAAGCCAUCCGUCUAGCAAGCCAACCCAUCACCGUGCGAAAAGUGGCGAAAGACUUCACUGUCUCGGAUCCGCUUACAUCGCGUACGUACCUCUUCAAAAAAGACGCAGAUGUCAUGCUACCAGCAACGACUUUGCACCGCUCCCCUUCGAUCUGGGGUAUGGAUGGUGAUGACUUCAAUCCUCAUCGUUUCCUCCCCUCCAGAUCCAAGAAUGAGGAGGAGAAAAGAGCGGAGAGGAGACAAGGAGCAUACAUGCCUUUCGGAGGCGGGAAGCAUAUGUGUCCCGGACGACAUUUUGCGUGGGCGGAGAUUAGUGGGUUUGUCACGGCGCUGUUGCUGGGGUACGAAAUCGAGGGGCUUAAGGAGGAGAAUGUGAGGAUGGCGGACGCGAAAAUGGGAGAGGCGAUUGCGAAACCGGACAUUGGGGGAGAAGGGGGGAGUGUGGGGUUGGGGAGGGGAGAGGGGUGGGAAGGUGUGGUUUGGAGGUUUGUGGUGUAA